AUGCCAGACCUCACCUUGCAAGAGAUCGAGGAGAAGGUGAUGGCCGCGAAGCCCUGGAAAGCGCCUGGUGAGGACGGCCUUCCUGCGAUCGUAUGGAAGAAGCUCUGGCACGUGGUGAAGCACCGGAUCAUCCCUCUGAGGAAACCAGAUAAAGGAGACUACACCAUGGCCAAGGCGUGGCGACCGAUUUCUCUCCUGUCGACGCUUGGCAAGAUUCUGGAGUCAGUCGUGGCGGAACGUAUCAGCUAUGCAGUCGAGACCCAAGGGCUUUUGCCCGCGAACCACUUUGGUGCACGGAAGCGCAGGUCCGCAGACCAAGCACUCGUGCUCCUGCAAGAACGGAUCUACAAGGCAUGGAGAACGGGCAGAGUGCUCAGCCUCAUCAGCUUUGACGUCAAAGGCGCAUACAACGGAGUGUGUAAAGAGCGAAUGCUCGAAAGGAUGAAAGCCCGAGGCAUCCCGAGUCGUCUGGUCAAGUGGAUCGACGCAUUCUGCUCGGGACGGACCGCGUCGGUGGUUGUCAACGGGCACACUUCCGAGCAACAACCCCUGCCGCAGGCCGGCCUACCCCAGGGAUCCCCUCUGUCGCCAGUGGCUUUUCUUUUCUUCAACGCAGACCUGGUGCAAAGACGGAUCAAGUCAAACAGAGAUGAGAAGACAUCCGUCAUCCACUUCACACGCAUCACGGAGCGCAACAGCGACCUGCCUCUCAUCAUCAAAGGAAACGAUGUCAAGCCGAAGAACAACGUGAAGCUGUUGGGAGUCAUCAUGGACAAAGCGCUUCGCUUCAAAGAGCACAUCGCCAGAGCAGCCGCCAAAGGCUGGCCGCGGCCAUGUGUUUGA